AUGAAAAUCAGUGCUGUGCUAACAUUUUCAGACAUCAAGUGUUGUUAAAGUGGAUGAAGAACUCAGUGGGCCUGAAGCUAUGAAUGUGGAUGAGAUUGUUCUAAAAAAGAAGGUGAAAACAUUAGAGAGCAUGACAAUGAUUAAAUUUAAAAAAGAUAACAAGAAAGACAAGGCAUCAGAUGUUGCUAAAACAGAUAAAAAACACAGUGGCAGUGUUGUUAAGGAAAUGGAUAAGAUAGUAAUGAAAAAGAAGGAGAAAGUUGUAGAGAGUGUAACAGAGAUAAAAUGUAAAAAUGAUGACAGGAAAGGCAAGACUCCAAGUAUUGCAAUAGCAGAUAAACAAGACAAUGAUGUUACAGAGAGUUCGAGUGUUGUCAAAGUCAGAGGAGUUUCCUGA